AUGGACUCCAGCAGCAACGGCGGCGGUUCACCUGUCAAGAAACAUGAAGACAUCGAAGGGCCCGAUCCAAACAAGGCUUCCGUCAAAGCCGAUUCCAAGCCGCCCGUACGGACCCUUAACCGAGUGCCCCGUACGUUACUAUGCAAUGCGUGUCGUAAGCAGAAGAUGAGAUGUGAAGGAGCUGAAAACCCUCCGUGCAGACGGUGUAGACACGCCGGUCUGGAGUGUCUCUUUGAAAAGCCUACCCGAGAAGCCAGCUUGACCGGUGAAGCUGGAUUGGAGCGCAUACGCAGCCUUGAAUCGCAUGUCGCGGAUAUUCGUCAGACGCAGACCGCCAUUCAAAACAGCCUAGUCGAGAUUGUCAGCCAUCUCCGUGGUGGUGCAUCAUUCCACCACUCUCGCUCUCCGUCCGCAUAUCCCGCCUUUGUAAACCAGUCGCCUAGUGCCCAUUCUCUUGGGUCGCCAGGACCAUCGACGUCGCAUAACGGCAUGCCACACGGACCCAUCCCUGCUGGUGUGAAUGCUAACGCUCACCGUCAGCAUCGUGAUCAGAUGGCGGGUACAUAUCGCAGUCCUUCUAUAGGGGCGACCGGACAGCGCGCGUCCAGUCAAGCCGAGAUACACACUUCUCCUCUCGCUUCCAACUUGAUGUAUCCGCCUGCGGUUCCUCCAGGCGCUCGACACAACUUACAGCAAGCAACGACCCUACCGCCCUUCUCGUCGCUUGAAUCCAUGGGCCCUCCACGGUCGCAGCCAUCAAACGUACAAGUGAAUGGCCAGGAUGCAGUUCUGGGUUCAAAGCGGGGCCCCCCUCCGUCGUCAAACGUGACCAGCGCGGACUCAUCGGACGUUGAAGAGGAGGACGGCGAGCUGCCGGCGUCCGGACUGGUAGCUCCGUGGGAAGUUUUGCGCGGGUUAGCUGAUGUUGCUAUCCAGAGGGCCGCGAAGGAAAACGGGGAGGCGAGCGAACCCCCGAGUCGGGCAAGAACUGCCUCCCCUGAUCCUCGCCAGCCCCGACCCGCUAAGCGCAGGAAGGUCAACCAUAAGCAGCCGCGGGCUACGAAUUUCCCUGAUGUCGUCACUAAAAACAUCAUUCUCGAGCCUGAGGCUCGGGAGCUCUUCCGGAUCUUCUACCACGGAUGCUCGACGUUCCUUCCUAUUUUCGAUGCUAACACCGAUACGUAUGAUGCCCUUCACGAGCGUUCUCCUUUUGCUGUUGAUUGUAUCUGUAUGGUUGCCGCUGGAGUCAGAGAUGGGGGAGGUAGGUGGCCACCCAGCGAAACUUAUCUCAAGUGCCAAGAAGAGGUGCAGGCCAUUUCCUGCGCUACACUGUUUUCCCCUGUAACGCGGCAGGAAGCUGUACAAGCCAUGAUCCUGGUGUCUGGUUGGUCCGACAACGGUUGGUUAAGUGGUGGUCAUGCUGUCCGCAUGGCGAUGGAGCUUUCGAUGCACAAGGCCUGGCCAGAGCUACUGAAGCGUAUGAAGGCCAGCAAGGCAUCAUCGUCAAGUAAGGACAGACAACUUGUGAUUUCCGCGCGAACUUGGUUCUGCCUCUACCUGUUUGAGCAUCAAAUGUCGUAUGGGACGGGUCGCCCAUCCAUCCUCAAAGAUGACGAGAGCAUCUGGCAGUGUCGUCUACUCCUCCAACAUCCGUUGGCCAUCGAGGAUGACAUGCGGCUUGUGUCGACUGUCGAGUUGAUGGCGAUCCGAGAGCGUGUGAACAACAACCUGUCCCCACUGUUCGACAAGCCUGUAGAUGACAUGACCUUCAAUGUCCUACGGGAAGCGGACAUGGAGUUCCGCAACUGGUACGGUACCUGGGAUCAGGCCUUUUCCCAGAAAUACGAGGAUGCAGCCUUCUAUCGGCAGAGCUUACAAAUUCAACACCUUCAUGCCGAGCUAUACCACAAUGCUACCGCUCUGAGGGGCAUUGACGGCCCCGAAGAUGUUCAACGGAUGCCUCCUGCUCAACGCGAGCUAGCGAUCAGGUCAAUCCGGAUCGGACAGCAGAUCCUAGAGAUCACAGUGCACUCUCCCGCAUACCGAGAGGGGAUGAAGUAUGCUGUGCAUUAUACCCAUGCAACCGCUACGUUUUCCGCUUCUUUCCUACUUCGGCUUGCACGUCUCUUCCCGGACCAAUGCGAUAUUGAAGAGGUGCGAUCGCUUGUCGAACACCUUGCCGCUCUCCUUCUUGAGGUUCCCGGCAAACGCUACGCAUUCACGCUGCAGCUGAUGCUGAAACGCUCAAGGAAGCGGUCUGCUUCUAUGUCCCGAUCGCCUGGUGCUUCUCGGCAUCGCUCGCAUAGUAACGCAAGUUAUGCCCCGGAUACCGUCCCCUCACAAGUCAAUCAGCACCAAAUCAUGUCUCCGACCUUCGAUGCAUCAUUCUCUCAUGCCGACGCUAUGAACCCUAUGUCCGCUGAAUUUAACCAGCACCUCGCUCAAUAUGGUCCCAGCAUUGACCACAUCUGGCGCGGGUUCGACACAACUGCCAAUGAGCAGCUCCCAGUAUGGCUUUCUGACCAGACACUGGGCGGCGUGUCGGUCUCGCAACAGGGUAUGGAGGGUCUUUUGAUGCCUGCCGAGUUCGUCUCUACCUCCACACAAAUCUGGUAACGUCUCUAUUGUAUCGUUGUCCAUCUCCCGACCCCACGUCUCCACAUUUGCUCUCAUGUUGUGCACCAAGGGUAAAUAGUGCUCACUGUACGCCUUUACUCAUCUUUUGACGCUGGCCAGACGGCCAAUGUAUUGGAUAUAUGAUUUGUUACUACUCUUCCAUGUUGUAUAGCUACAGUCCUCCGUAUCUCUCUAUGUAACGAUGCCUGUACGAUCUGUGUCA